CGAUUUCUUGCGCAUUUCCUAUUAUUAUUAUUGCUUAUUUUGGGGAGUUGGCUCAAUCACAGUAUCCUAACGUCCUUUCUCUCUCCGAUUACGCCAAAAACCGAUUUGGACUUUUAACGCAGGUCUUAGUUGUUUGUCAAAGUUUGUUCCAUACUUCAGUGUCUAUUGUCGUUGAAUUAAACAUAAUAACUAAGCUUUGCAAACAUGUGCUUCGCAUCGAUAAUUUUUACAUUUUAAUGCUGAUUAUCAUCUCUGCGACCACGAUGGGUUAUACUUUUUUUGGUGGCCUCAAAAUUUCUAUAAUGACUGAUCGGAUUCAAGCUGCGGUCGUACUCGUUUUACUUUCUGUUGUGGCGAUGUACACUUUUAUUACUUUGAAAUUUUCGCUUCAGGAAAAAAAUAUUAGCCAGUUUUUGGGGGCCAAUGAAUGGGGCUACUCUUCUCUUUUCGUGAUGCCCGUUGCUUUUCUCUGCGUGACACUCUUUUCCGAAAGUUUCUGGCAGAAGGCGUGGGCUUCCGAAAAUAAAAAGAUUCUCCGCAGAGGAGCGCUCAUUUCUUCGUUGAUGAAUUUUAUUGUUAUAUUUAUUUUUUGUUUGUUUGGACUUUUUGGACUUUUGAGUGGACGUACCGAUGCAAAUACCAAUGAAAUAUUGAGAGUGUUCUACAUUAUAAAUUCAGAAUACGAGCCCCACAAAACCGGCUUCGUUGUAAAGUCUUUUAUGGGACUUUUGCUCGUCGUUUCUGCUUUUAUUAUGGGAACUUCUGCACUGGAUAGUUUGCAGAAUGGAAUUGUCGCUUCGAUUUCUGGCGUGCUGUCUCCUCGCCUUCCUCCCCGCGCUAUCGUUCUUGCCAGCUGUGACCUUAACGCGCUGGAUUUGUUUGCUGUUUCUAAUAUACUGGCCACCAUGACGGCGUUUCCCAUUGGCUUAGGAAUAUUUACAAAGCUUAAGUUUUCUAUGUAUAUUACGGAUUGUGUGCCUUUUCUUUCCUUUUGCUUGUCUCUAUUGAGCACUAUGGUUUAUGCUUGCUGCGUUGAAUGGAAAAAAGAAGUUGCUUUUGGAGUCAACUUAUUAAGGGGCUUGAGAAAAGCCCUUUAUGGUAACGAGUAUAGUUGGAAGUUUUACGCUGUGAGUUUCUUCUCUUCAAUUUUAGCCACCGCGCUGCUCUCUUUUAUUAAUUACCUUCGGUUGAGAAAGUUUUUUAUAAAUUUCACAAGAAUCGUUUUGAAGUCGUCAAAAUCUUCAGCUAAAUAA